UCCAAUCAGCUGAUAGUGAUGGUAAAUGGUAACGUGCUGAUGUUGAUGUCAUGUUACCUUGAAAGUUUAUUUUGUUUAUGUUAUUAAUGUUUCAUAAUUUUGUUAAAAUGAAAUAACUUGAGUCAUGUUUUCAACUAAAAAACGUUUAAUUGAACGUACUGGUUAUAAUAAUGUAGGUCGAUAUGAUUAUUUAAAAUUACUGGCUACGGAAUUUCAAACUUCAAAAUCAAAAGAGGCUAGAAAACAAGUACUGGCAAAUUUAUCAAAUUUCGCAUAUGAUCCAGUUAAUUAUGACUACAUGCGGCAAUUGAGAAUAGUUGAUUUAUUUUUACACGUUCUUUCGGAGCCUGAUAAGAUUCUCGUGCAGUUUGCUAUCGGAGGAAUAUGUAAUUUAUGUUUAGAUCCAAUAAAUAAAGAAUAUAUCAUACGGAAUCAAGGCGUACAAUUAAUAAAGCCACUUCUAUCAUCCGAUGAUGAGCAAUCAACAUUAUCUGCUAUCACAACAUUAAUGUUUCUAGUCACUGAUACAUCUAGAGAACAAAUAAUCACACCAGAAUUAAUUAACCAAUUAGUUUAUUUAUCUAAUUCAUCAAAUAACCGGAUUAAAAAUCUAAUUGAAACUGGCGAUAAGGUUUUGGUUGUCAGAAAAGUCACCGAGGAUGACGUAAUGAAUUUUGCAAAAUUAACUGAUGAUUAUAAUCCUAUUCAUGUAAGUGCUGAGAGGAAAGUAGUACAUGGCGCUCUGCUGAAUGGUUUUUUAUCUGGUGUACUGGGUACUAAACUUCCUGGACCGGGGACGAUCGUCGUUCAUCAGUCUCUCCAUUAUCCGAAGCCUUGUUAUGCAGGGGAUACUAUUGAAAUAACGGUCACUGUUUUGUCAGCGAGAAAAAUAAUAAAAUUUUUAUUUAUUUUAUCAAUUGCGUUACUCGAAAAUUAUGUAUCUGUAAGUGAAAAAAUCACAACAGAAAAUAUAAAUAUUAAUAUUACGCAUGUAAACUCAUCAACUGUUCCGACAAAAGUUCCUGGUUGUCUUUGUGGAAUUUUUCUCAGUGGAUCUAAAAAAAAGAUUAAAGAAUUACCUGAAGGAGAUCCUGUUAUCACUCAUGAUAUUUUUGAAGAAUUUCCAAACAAUUCCGAUGGCAAUAAAUCGUGUAUUAAAAAGUGUCUAUCAAUUAUAGUGAAACACUUACCAAACAGUCCAACAAUUAUCUGCAGUUCAUUAAACCGCGAUUGCUACAAAGAACGAGCUCAAUUAUUUAUAAAAAAUAGUAGCGACAAAUGGAUCAGAACAAACUUAUCAGCUGGCCGUGAGUUUUGCUGCAAAGACAAUUUACCUUACAAGUGUUAGUUAAAUUAAAUAUUUAAUUUUUAUACCAAAUCAAUAAUUUUGUACGUUUCAAAGUAUGUAAAUAAAAAAUAAUUUAAGUAACCAUUUAAAUGU